AAAAUCUUUCAUUUGUUUUAAGUUUGAACCAAAUUCACGUAAAGUUACAAAAGGCACUGAGACAAAACCGCACACGUAUCUUUACCCUACCACACCAUUGAUAUUCUCCCCAUUUUUCUUCUCCUCUAAACAAAACAAUAGCUUUGUCUUCAGGCAAAGCAAGAACCUUGGGGAUUAGGAAAGAUGGUUCAGAGGAAGACUUGUCUAGUACUCGAGUCUUCUUUCAAUUCCCAACCAGCUGAAACUCGAUUCGGUCAAGAACAUCUCAAGAACCUUGGACCGGAGAUGAUGAUGAUGAAGAGAACAAAGCCUAGGAGGAAGCUUAAAGACAAUACUACUGUUUCUUCUCAAUCAGGUAAGUCACAAGCAACACCAAACCAUGAUCUUGUUGUUAAAGUGACAGGUGGUUCACCUAAUUACAUGAAAGGCACCAGUAGCUCCGAGGCAAGAAAGGAGAACAAGAAAAGACUUAAUCUAUCUAGGAAUCAGAAGAACCAAACCGGUUCAAAACAUGAUUCUCGUUAUGGAGUUAACAAGGAUAGAUGUAAUAACAAGCCGAGUUCUAGGAUCGGUAGGGGUUUGACAAAGGCUCCUAGUUUCAAGAGAUGCUCACAGAGAGCUACUUGUUCUUCGACUCUAAAAGAUUCCAAGUUUCCAGAGUAUCUGAUGCUUAAUCAUGGCGAGACAUAUGAUCAAGUUAAUGGAACCUCUGUUUUGAAAGUUUGUCCUUACACGUAUUGUUCGCUCAACGGUCAUCUUCACUCCGUGCAGUAUCCUCCUCUGAAAAGCUUUAUAUCCUCGAGGAGACAGAGUUUGAAGUCCCAGAAGAGUGUGAAUAUGGAAGCUUCUAAGGAAGAGUUUGUGAAGAUAAGUAUAGAGGGGAAGAAAGAGUUUGAGCAUGGAAGUGGAGGUGCUUUUGAGGGUAAUAUUGAUAGUCCAAUCUCAGAGACUCUUUCUGAAGGAGCACCUCGUUCUGAAACUGAUUCUGAUGAUUACUCUGAUAGUGCUGAGAUGGUAAUGUUUUCAGAAGGUGAUCAUGACACCGAGUUAAAAGAAUCUGGUUUGGAGGAGACUUUGGUAGAUGAGGUUCAAGAGAAAGCAAACAGAGAUGGAGAUGCUUAUCUUUCAAAAGAAUCUGAUUUGGAGGAGGCUCUGGUGGAGGACUCUAUGAAUGAGAAUCAAGAUAUAGGAAACAGAGAUGGAGAGGCUGAACAAUCUUGUUGCUUUGAUUCUGAAGUUAUCCAUAUGACCAAGAACUCAGAAGCAGAUAACGCAAUGGAGGAGACUUUGGUAGAUGACUCUGUGAAAGAGAUCCAAGAGAAAGAAAACAAAGAUGAUGAUGUUGAUCAAUCUAGUUGCUUUAUUUCAGAAGUUAAUGAUAAAGAUGAUGCUGGUGAAGAGAUUUUAAAGGAUAAAGCUGAAGAUUGCAAAGAGGAGUCUCAAGACCAGAAUGAAGUUAUAUUGAUGACAGAAGAAAACACAAAGGUUCCAUUUAAGCGUACACGAAAACCCUGCAACCAAGAAGAGCCAGACUCUACCAUUUCAUGGACUAUCAUCAAAUGCAAGAAAUCUGUUGCAGAGACUGAGGAUUUAAGAGCAUUCAACCCAAUAGAACCAAAUUACCUUCCAAUUGUAGUGGAGGAGGAUGCUGAAAAGGUUGACCUCAAGCAUCAAGACAUAGAUGAGAGGAGAAACUCAGAGGAUUGGAUGAUUGAUUAUGCUCUGCAGCGUGCUGUUAGUAAACUUGCCCCAGCAAGGAAGAAGAAAGUUGCAUUACUCGUCGAGGCAUUUGAAACUGUGCAACCUAUUAUGCCACAUGGAAGACACCUUCAAGCCUGCAAUUAAUAAAAGUCCAGGGUUGAUACAAGAAAGGCAACUGUGGGAAGAUGAAUGGACUUUUAAUUAUUUACCUUCAAGAAUCAAACCCAAGUGUAAACUUUGAUGGUUUAGUUCCUAGCUCUGUGUGGUAGUCGUGCUCCUCAAUCUAUGAGGACUAGUGUGUGCUUGCUUGAAGACUAAGUUCUGGGAUAGUCUUAUGAGUUUGUCUAGUUCUUCUAUAUAACUAUUUAGAAUUGUGAAACAAUCACAUGCCGUUUGUCACCAGUUGCUAUGAAUGUUUGAGUGUUGGUUUCAUCAUCUAA